AUGUUUCGCAACACCUACGACAGCGAUAAUACAGUGUUCUCGCCACAGGGGCGUUUGCACCAGGUCGAAUAUGCGCUGGAGGCCGUGAAGCAGGGCUCAGCCGUGGUAGGUCUGCGGUCCAAGACGCACGCCGUGCUGGUCGCGCUGAAACGUGCGCCUUCAGAGCUCGCGUCGUACCAGCGCAAGGUGCUCAAGAUUGACCACCACCUCGGCAUGGGCUUCGCCGGGCUCACCAGCGAUGCGCGUGUGCUCAGCCACUACAUGCGCCAACUCGCGCUCUCGUCGCGGCUGAUGUACACGCGCCCCCUGCCCGUCUCGCGGCUCAUGGGAUCGCUCGCUGACCGCGCACAGCUCAACACGAUGCAGUACGGCAAGCGGCCGUACGGCGUGGGCUUCCUCGUGAUCGGCAUGGACGACACGGGCCCGCAUCUGUACGAAUUCAACCCUACGGGCAACUGCUUCGAGUACUAUGCCAUGAGUCUCGGUGCGCGCAAUCAGAGUGCCAAGACAUACCUCGAGAGCCAUCUCGACGAAUUCCACGACGCCGACCUCGAGGCGCUCCUCCUCCAUGGCAUCCGCGCCGUGCGCGAGACAUUGCCACAGAACAAGCAGCUCGAGCGCGCCGCCGUCACCGUCGCGUUCGUCGGACCGGGCGCCGACGCCGAUGCGUCCUCACCCGCCCUGCGUGACGGCCAAAAGCUGACGAUCCUCGAAGACGACGCCCUCGCGUCGUACUUUGACCGCCUCGGGCCCACCGAGCGCCAGCGCGCUGCCCAGGCGCGCGCCGAGGCGCAGCCGCACGAGCAGCCGCCGCCCAUGGACGAAAACUAG